AUGGUGAACGAAACACUCCCUCCCACGAUGGCGCUCAACUUCACGUCGGCGGCCGGCGACCUUCCGCCGCUUCCGGCCUACACCCUGAGGCCCAAGCCUGACCUCAUUGCCGGCAUCCCAGACACCUACCUGAACAUUUUCCUUCCGAUUAUCGUCUACUGGAUACUGUCGAUGUUCUUCCACUUCAUUGAUGUCUACGAUAUCUGGCCGCAGUACCGUCUGCACACUCCCGAGGAGAUCACUAAGCGCAAUCACGUCUCGCGGUACGAGGUCGCCCGCGAUGUCCUGAUCCAACAGGCCAUUCAAGUCGCCAUGUCCACUUUCCUGGAAUAUAUCGACGACGAGCAGACUAUCGGACGUGAGGACUACGACGUUGCCGUUUGGGCUACCCGCGUGCGCCUCGCCCAGCGCGCCCUGCCUACCCUUCUCGGCCUGCUCGGCCUUAACGCCGCUUCGCUUUCGAAGAACAUGUCGGCCUCGGGACACCCUUUCAUCGCCGGCGCACUCGCUGGGGGUCAUUACCCUUUCCUUACCACCGAGCUGCUUGACGGAUCGCAUUCAGUUGUCCCUGCAUUCGCCGCUUGGGAGCUCUUCGUCGCAAAGGCCCUCUACUGGCUUGUCAUUCCUGGCCUCCAGCUCUUCGCCGCUGUUUCUAUCUUGGAUACCUGGCAGUACUUCCUGCACCGUCUGAUGCACGUCAACAAGUGGAUGUACACUACCUUCCACUCGAGACACCACCGCCUUUACGUCCCCUACGCGUACGGGGCUCUGUACAACCACCCCUUCGAGGGCUUUCUUCUCGACACUCUCGGCGCCGGCUUGGGAUUUCUCUUGACCGGCAUGAACGCUAGGCAGGGACUGCUGUUCUUCUGCUUCUCCACUAUCAAGACCGUUGAUGACCACUGCGGCUACUCCCUGCCUUGGGAUCCGUUGCAGCACAUCUCGAGCAACAACGCCGCGUACCACGAUAUCCACCACCAGACGUGGGGCAUCAAGACCAACUUCUCUCAGCCCUUCUUCAUCUUUUGGGACCGCGUUCUCGACACCAAGUACAAGGGCGACAGGAGGAACCGCCUGGCAGUGGCAAAGCAGAACAAGGCGACAGAGGCCAAGUCUAAAUAA